AAGGCAAUUGUAAGUGCAAGCAACUGCAGCUGAAAAAAUAGAUUGUAGGGUUAAUAUUUUCUGUUUGAGGCAGGUUUAAUUCUCAUUGAGAGGAAAGAGGAUGCUGCUGAGUGAGCGAGGCACUGGCGAAAGGAGGUGGAGUGAAACUGCCUCUCCCCAUUGGCUGUUGCUGCUGUUUGUGCUUUGUUGCUUUAUAUUUCUUUGGAAAUAGCAGAGAGUGCAGAGAGGCCUCAGAUCACUGCUGAAGGAUCUCCCUGUGUUACAGGAAAGACUGUGAGUUGAGUGAGAUCAGAUACCACAGCAGAGCUCUCAGCUCUCAGACACAGGGCUCCUCCAACCGAGGUUACACUGAUCCAGCCGGUGAAGAUCUCUGGAGACCAUGACCAAGAAAAGAAUUGCUGUGAUUGGGGCAGGAGCGAGUGGGCUCACGUCUAUCAAGUGCUGCCUGGAAGAAGGCUUGGAGCCCAUCUGCUUUGAAAGGACCGAUGACAUCGGAGGGCUCUGGAGGUUUCAGGUAGAACCUGAAGAAGGAAGGGCCAGUAUUUACAAAUCAGUGAUCAUCAACACUUCCAAGGAGAUGAUGUGCUUCAGUGACUAUCCCAUCCCAGAUCAUUAUCCCAACUUCAUGCACAACUCCAAGGUCUUGGAGUAUUUCAAGAUGUAUGCCAAAGAAUUUGACCUUCUAAAGUAUAUUCGAUUUAAGACUACUGUGUGCAGUGUGAAGAAGCAGCCUGAUUUCUCCACUUCAGGCCAGUGGGAGGUGGUCACGGAAUUUGAAGGGGAAAAGGAGGUGAACAUCUUUGAUGGAGUUAUGGUUUGCACUGGCCAUCACACCAAUGCUCACUUACCCUUGGAAAGCUUCCCUGGAAUUGAAAAGUUCAAAGGACAAUACUUCCAUAGUCGAGACUAUAAGACUCCAGAGAGUUUCACUGGAAAGAGAGUCAUUAUAAUUGGCAUUGGGAAUUCUGGAGGGGACCUGGCUGUGGAAAUUAGCCACACAGCCAAGCAGGUUUUCCUCAGCACCAGAAGAGGGGCUUGGAUCCUCAAUCGUGUAGGAGACUACGGAUAUCCUAUUGAUGUGUUGCUUUCUUCUCGAUUUUAUCAUUUUAUGAAGAAUAUCUGUGGUCAAUCAAUAUCAAAUAUAUCUUUGGAGAGACAGCUGAAUAAAAGGUUCGACCAUGAAAUGUUUGGCCUGAAGCCUAAACACAGAGCUCUAAGUCAGCAUCCUACCGUAAAUGAUGAUCUACCAAACCGUAUAAUUUCAGGCCUGGUGAAGGUGAAAGCAAAUGUGAAGGAAUUCACAGAGACAGCUGCCAUAUUUGAGGAUGGCUCCAGGGAGGAUGACAUUGAUGCUGUUAUCUUUGCUACAGGCUAUAGCUUUGACUUUCCUUUUCUUGAGGAUUGUGUCAAAGUGGUCAAAAAUAAGAUAUCCCUGUAUAAAAUGGUCUUCCCUCCUAACCUAGAAAAGCCUACUCUUGCAAUCAUUGGCUUGAUCCAGCCCUUAGGUGCCAUUAUGCCCAUUUCAGAGCUCCAAGGACGCUGGGCCACUCAAGUAUUUAAAGGGUUAAAGACAUUGCCCUCAAAGAGUGAAAUGAUAAGAGAAAUAGCUAAGUUUCAAGAGAAUAUGGCAAAAAGAUAUGUGGACAGCCAACGCCAUACCAUUCAGGGAGACUAUAUAGAUACCAUGGAAGAGCUUGCUGAUCUGGUGGGUGUCAGGCCCAAUCUGCUGUCCCUGGCCUUCAGUGACCCCAGACUGGCAUUCCAGUUACUUUGGGGACCUUGUACUCCAAUCCAGUACCGUCUCCAGGGCCCUGGAAAGUGGGAUGGAGCGCGAAAAGCUAUCCUCACCACAGAAGAUCGUAUCAGGAAGCCACUAGUGACAAGAGUAACUGAAAACAAUAAUUCCAUGACUUCAACAAUAACAGUGGCCAGGUUUAUGCUGGCUGUUGUCUUCUUUGCUAUAAUUCUGACCUAUUUUUAGCUGUUCCAUUGUCAUUGCUUCAGUUUGCUUUGAAAGCAGGAUCUAGAGAUGCCUUCAGAACCUGAUGAGAUUGAACAACUCUCUCCUUUACAUCACCCAGAAAUCUACUUUUCCUUUUCCAAAGCAUUGGUCCAUGUCCCUCUUUUCCCUACACUGAAAUCCCAGCUUUCAUUUGUACUGACUUCCCUCCCUUCCUUUUAUGACCUAUCACUUUUUCCUUCCAGUAACCCCAGGGCUGUGAGCUCAGGUACUCUUUCAGUCAUCUUUGUAUGUCCUAAGCAGAGUUCCUCUCAUGCAGUAGUUGCUUAAUCAAUGUCUGCUGUCAUUUAUCAAAUAUGGUAGGGAGCAUAAGUCAGUAUAUUUAAAAGAAAUGGGUGACUCCAUGUAACUGUGUUUCUGUAAGAAUUUGGUUUUCUAACUAGAAUUUUAUUCGUUGUUUUUUGUUUUGUUUUGUUUUGUUUUGUUUUUUAAUGGCCACACCUGCGGCUUAUGGAAGUUCCCAGGCCAGUGACUGAAUCGGACCCGUGGUCCAGCUCUAACAAUGCUAGAUCCCUUAACCCACUGUGUCAAGCUGGGGAUCAAACCUGUGCCUCCACAGUGACCCCAGAUGCUGCGGUCAGACUCUUUUUUGUUGUUGUUUUUUAUAGUUGCUUUCUGUUCGAGAGCAAAUGAUAUUGAUUUCAUUCUUAAAUUCAUUCAUUCAUUCAUGGGUGUGACAUGCAGGAGCUUGAUAUGGGAUCUAAGUUCCUAGACCAUGGACUGAACCCAGGCCACAGUGGUGAAAGCACCCAGUCCUAACCACCAGACCACCAGAGAACUCCCUGCAGUCAGAUUCUUAACCCACUGCACCACAGUGAGAACUCCUUUUGUUUGCUUUUAAUAUUGUAACUAAAUGUAUUUUUUCCUGAGUGAUUAGAGAAAUAAUGGUCCUAUAACAGUUGUAUAUAUCUACCAUAAGAUAUAUAGAUAUGAAAACCAUUUGUUCCACCAGUGUAUCUGAUUCCUGGUCAUUUUUACUCUUUUCCCCGAAGCAACACAUCUCUAUUUUCUCAAUGACGAAAUGACCUUUAGCUUUCUGGGCUCAUGGAUCAUUCUAACAACCUAGCAGCUGCCAACAGCUUCAACCUGACUAGAAAAAAAUGAGUAUUUUAAAUUAGCUGUCCCAUCUUUUUUGAUCUCUUAGUUCCUGUAUUAGGACGCAACAAGACUUCACCUUAGGGACUAUGAUAAGUAGCCACUGAGGCAGGAGAUAGAUGGGCCCCAGGCUGAGCACCUGGAAUCUGUCCCCUCUGGACAAAUACUUCAAGAAAAAAAUUAUGGCAGGAACAAGGAGGAGCUGAGUCCUGCUUGGCUAAAAGAUGAAGAGACCACACAUUCCUCCUUCUCAAGGUCAAGGAGACCUCCCAAACUACACAUGUGCAGAAAGGUUCCUCAGGGGUCAGAGAAGGGAGGGGGCACCCGACCAUAAUACUUCCUGUCAACUUGCCAGAAACUCUUGUGCUAGAAUCCAGCGUGGCUAAAAGAUGCACACACACUCACAGGGACCCUGAGGCAGGCCAAACAUGAACUCAAGCCAGACAGAGCCAAAUGACUAGCCAGAGGAACCCCAGAAAAACUGUCCCCAUAACUAGCCCCAAAGCACAUGGCUCUCUCUCUGUCUCUGUCUUUCUCUCUCUGAGCCCUUCUGUGCUUUCUCCACACCCAUCUUCUCUCCUAAUAAACCUUCUACUUGCCUCACUCCUCUCAGUCUCCUUGCUGGAUUUCUUCUCCAGAGAGACAAGGACUGGGGACCUACAUCAAGCCCCUGUGGUCCAGUGGUUAGGAUUUAGCAUGCUCACCCCACAGCCACUCCUGGGAGAACACCAUCAACUGCUCUAGUGUGGCCUACAAAUGUGAUUGGGAAGGCCACAAUUACUCUUACUCGCUCCCCUCCAUACCCUCCCAUGCAUAAUCUAAGUCAUAAGUAUUCAAAGAGGUCCUUUAUGUUAUAAAUUAGGAUUGAUCAUUACGAAAUAGAGGGAGUAUUCUGCUUAUAACAGUUUUUCUUAUGUCAUACAUUGUAGUUAUACAAAAACAAAGCAAACAAAAUGAAACCCAGGGACUCCAGUGCCUGCUCAAGUGCUACUGUUUUUUCAUCCUCAUAAUUUUUGCUCUGUUUGUCUCUCUCAGAGAAGUUAAGUAAGAGUUGGCCGUUGGGCACACUGAAUUUCAUGAUGAAAGAUACCGGAUGUACCAGCCAGGUGUGUGUUCAUAAAUAAGCUGUUGUGCAAUACAUUUUGGGAUUGCUGCCUGUUAUUUAACAAAAGAAUAAAUAGGAACAACUGAAAGAGCCACCUUGGAAAGUAUCUUUCCCAAAACAAAUAAGAGAAGCAGGAAUGUGGGAAUUCUAACUUCCUCCUAAUCAUAUAAGUAUUUGUAUAAUUCUCUGCUAUUUGCCUAAUGUCGCCUGUGGAAAUGCUUUUGGAGAAUUAGAAGGUCUUUUUCCUUCCAUAAUCUUUGUGAUACUGGGGAUUUAUCCUCUACUAAAAUGGGCCUAGUGCCUUUUAAUAUGAAAAUUAUCCUAGUUCAAGAGUAAAUGGAUUGCUGGCACAGCACUGUAAAUCACCUGUACUUCAAUAAAGCAAAGUAAAUUGAAA